CCGCCCUCGUCGCCGCCACCCUGGGUCUGGAGCGGACUCGCGGCUGCAGCUGUUCACGGACGGGCAGCCCGGCGCUCGGCCGCCGCGUCUAGGGCUGAGCGCCGCGACGCGGCUGCUUGUCCCGAAAUCCUCCCGGAUCUUUAGGCGGUAGGUGGCCGGGGAUGACGAGCCAUACGGGGACAGAAGUCAGGUCCCGGGGUGUGAGGAGGCCAGUGGACGCCGUCUCCGAGGGAGGAAACGGGGGAAGUUGAGUAUGGAACCUCAAGGUCUUUGAGACAAUGGAAACCAAAAAAUUGAUUGGUAAACCACUUCAACCAGCAAGACCUGUUCGUCAUCUGACUUCUCCUCCUGGAACAGUAUUCCCUUUCAACUUCCAAAACGAAUAUCCAUGCAACACCCAGUACUUACAAAGUGGAGUUAGCAGAUGUAAGACGAGUGGAAUGCAAGCCUUUUCUCAAGGUCUUAAUGAACAACAACAUCAGUCUCCAGUUAAAAAAGAGAGAAUCAAAUACAGCAGAGAUUUUCUGUUGAAGCUCUCAAGUGUUUCCAUCUGCAGAAAAAAACCAGACUUUCUGCCUGAUCAUCCCAUUGUACUUCAAAAACCAGAAAACAACCAAAGCUUUAAGUAGCAUUUUGAGAAUGUAUGUAUUUCAAGAUAAAGAAUUACUAAGUUUAUAUUUUGGACACCUGCAAAUGAAGUGGAUCUAGUAACAAUAACUGUAACAGACUGUAACAAUUCAAUUUAUUUUUAAUUUUGAUGGUUGGAUAUUUGGUUUCUCCUAAAAUGAGAAAGAGAUACUUUAAACAAUAAAGAAUUUUCUAAUCA